AUGCAGGACGAGAGCGAUCCCGAUGAGUUACGGGACACAACCGGCCCUGCACUACCACCGCAUUUGCGUAUGAAACGAAGGCAAGACGCUCUUGCAGCCGGGCCUGAGGACAAUAGUAGACAAUUAAAGAGGAGUUCAGAAGAAGGCAGCAGAGACACGGAUGUAGUUCUCCCCAUCGGACCGUCUCUGCCGGAGGCUAGUGCCG